AUGGGAAAGUCUACUCAUGACUGUGUUGCGUCCUCCGGCGUGAAGAAAGGUCUAUGGACUCCAGCAGAGGACCAAAAGCUCUUAGCUUACGUUCAAAAACAUGGUCAUGGAAAUUGGCAAUCCUUGCCUCAGAGAGCUGGUCUUCAAAGAUGCGGGAAGAGCUGCAGGCUAAGAUGGAGAAACUAUCUACGACCUGAUAUUAAGAGGGGAAAUUUCAGUUUGCAGGAAGACCAAACCAUCAUUCAACUUCAUGCUCUUUUAGGCAACAGGUGGUCGGCUAUUACUGCGCACUUACCAAAGAGAACAGACAAUGAGGUCAAGAACUACUGGCACUCUCGUCUCAAGAAACGACUGGCCUUGAAAGGCUAUGACCCUGUAACCCACAAGCCUAAGAAUAUCAUCUUUGGCUUCGCCAGUGGUUCAACUGAUGACCCAAAGACCGACUCAAACCUCAACCACAUAGCUCAGUGGGAAAGUGUCAGGCUUCAAGCAGAAGCCAGAUAUGUGAGAGAUUCAGAAUUACACAAACAAGCUUAUCAUCCUUAUAACAAUAAUGAUAUUUCUGCGGCUUCAUCAACAUUAUUAGGUCAUAAUAAGGACUUUGGGCCGACUAAUCAAUUAUUUGGACAAGAUCAUGUUAAUUCAUUUGGUAAUCAUCUUGCUGGUGAUUUCGAGCCUCCGAUAAUAUCUGCAAUAUCAAGCAAUGGAUCAUCAUUGAUGGAUUGUUUCUUUCAUGAACCAGUAGGGCAAUAUUUUAAUGAAAAUUAUGGCACUAGUAUCACUAAACCAUUCGCGGCAGUCCACCACAAUAUGGGGUUUAAAAAUGAGGCAUGCUUGGAGGACUUUGGUCUUUGGGAAAUAUUCAUGCAAGGGAAAAAAGAUUGUCCGAUAUCUGGAAUUAGUAUGUAG